CUAGCGGGCAGAUACGAACGUCGAGGGUCGUGUAUGUGACAUCUGUGGUCGCGCGCGCGCGUUCAUUGUGCUUUGUAGUGUGCGCCGUGUGCGUAGUACAUAAUGUCAAAUGCGACUUCGUCAAGCCGCAAGCUUGGUGGUACCCAGUAUUGCUGUGUCGUUCAGUGCCAUAAUAGCCUCCAGAACACGAAAGGCAGACACCCGCCCGUUAAAUUCUACAGAUUUCCUGCCAAAUGGUACGAAACGAAGAGGAGAGAAGCGUGGAUAGCUGCUGUCCGCAGAGUCAAUCCUGAUAAGACACCUUGGGAGCCGACGAAGACCUCGCGCAUUUGCAGUGACCAUUUUGUCGGCAACUGCAAGAGAGAUGUAAGCCAGCAUCCAUCUUAUGUCCCUACCAUCUUCCCAUCUGUGUACCAGAAGAAAAGAGCAAACCUCGUAAGAGCAGAAAGGUGGGAGCAAUGUUCGGUAGAGCAACAGCGUUCACGGCUAUCCCCCCCUAGGGAAGAAACAACAGAACACACGCUGGCAGUCUCCAGCAACUCAGGGCACCAUACUGGUCCCACUCUUUCAGAAGUGGCAGAGACGUCUAUAAGUACAGAGCCAGUUGACCUGCAGCUCUCAAAUGGCACAAUGACACAAGUUCCAGCUGUAGCAGCAGUUGAUGUUUCAUGCCAAACGGAAUGCUCACCUUCAGGCAAGCUCUCUAUUCUGGUGUCGGCAACAGACGGUGCUGCGGCGUCAACUCAAGUUACUCACGCCCAGCAACUUGACAAGGCUGGUGUGCCAUUGUUCGGUGGUGAAGCUUGAGCCUUGUGAGGACUGGAGCUGGAUGGGCUGAUCUGGCUGACGUCCUGGCUCGGUCAUAGUUGCUGUGAUGGCGAGCAACUCACUUGGCAACAUGAGCGCAUCUCGCUUCUCGAAGAAACUGGAGUAUACAUUCGAGGCAGCACUACAUGGAACAGGUUGCGAGGUCAAGCCGGAAUUGUACGGUAUAUCAUCUGGCAAUAAUUGACCACCACUAUCGCUUCCGCUAUGUGAACAUUGGGUCACCAGGGCGGUGCCAUGACUCGUAUGUGUACAACCGCUCAAGCUUGUGCGCACUCAUCGAAAGCGAACUUCUCAAUGGGCCAACAGCUCCGAUUGAAAGAGUGCAGGUGCCGCCUAUCGUUCUCUGCGACCAGGCAUUUGCCCUCAGCGCAAAUCUGCAGAAACCAUACGCAAAUGCUUCACCUGGCACACCCGAGGGUGCGUUAAAUUACAACCUUUCCAAAACAAGACGGAUUGAUGAAAACGCUUUUGGCCGUUUGAAGGCUAGGUUUCGCUUCACCUUAAAGUGCAUGGAAUGCACCAUUCCUACAGCGACAAUGGUGGUCAAUGCAUGCUGUGUGCUCCACAAUGUUUGUGAGGGGUUAAGAGACCACAUAGAAUUGCAGUGGGAGAAUGAACGAGCUGCGACAGAUGUGCUGUAUGAGCAGCCGCAGCACACCACACAAGUUCAAGCCAGCAAUAAACGUGCUGUUCAGGCUGCUCUAGCAAAAUAUUUCUUUAAAGAAAAUCGGUGAACAAUCGCAUAAUGCUGAGUUUCUAGAACACGACUCUAUCAUGAAUCCUUGUUCUCCUGCCAGGCUAGAAUGAAUUUCUCUAAAUGCCUUUCUAUGCCAUCUUGUGUUCUGCAAUAAACAAUG